AAGCUACCUAAAAACAUUGGUUUGGUUCGCUGGAUAUAAAUACGGUACCUGUUUCUGGAAAUCAGAGCAAUCACCACUCGCAAAAAGCCCACAGUCGUUACUAAGUAUUCCUUUUUGUUCGUUUGGUCAAUUUCAGAGCUCAAAAUCAACCAUUCAUUUCUUGUCAUCUUUUCUCUCUUUACUUGUUUCUACACACUUCUCUUGAUCUUUGCCAUGGAAAACAUUUUGGGUCUUCUCAGAAUUCAUGUGCACAGGGGAAUCAACCUCGCUGUUAGAGAUGUCAUGAGCAGUGACCCUUAUGUUGUUGUCAAGAUGGGCAAACAGAAAUUGAAGACUCGAGUGGUGAAGCAAAAUGUCAAUCCUGAGUGGAAUGAGGAUUUGACUCUCUCAAUUGAGAAUCCAAAUCUUCCAAUCAAGAUUGUUGUUUACGACAAAGACACAUUCAGCAGAGAUGACAAAAUGGGAGAUGCAGAGUUUGAUAUCCGUCCAUUUCUUGAAGCUGUGAAGAUGCGACUCGAAGACCUUCCAAGCGGAACCAUAAUAACUAGAAUUCAACCGAACAGACAAAAUUGCCUUGCUGAUGAAAGCCAGAUUAUCUGGGUUGAGGGGAAAGUGAUUCAAAAUAUUAUUCUUCGAUUGCGAAAUGUGGAGUGUGGUGAAGUAGAGCUCCAGUUGCAGUGGAUUGAUGUUCCUGGUAUUAGGGGUUUGUAGAAUUUGCAGCUAUCUAUCUGUUUUAUUUAACUGCUUUGAAUUUGAGCAGUGUGUGUGUGUGUGUAUAUAUAUAUAUAUAUAUAUGUUUUGCAGGAGUAUGUCAAGUUAGCCAUAGGCGGAUUUCUUUCUCUGCUAUGCAGUGAUGUAAUGGGAAAUGCUGCUAGUAUUUUUGGUUAUUUUUAUCUAGUUCUCAACAUGACAUUAGUGAAACAAAUAUUACUUUCUAAUAGUAAAAUAAUUUGUGUUUAAAUAUAAUUUC